AGAGGAGGUGGUGUCGGUUAAGUGAAUCGCGGUCUACUACUAUCUCAGGGCUACUACUAUCUCGGCCACACAAUUUCCCAGAAACUUCGCCGAGGAAGGUGGUCCAUCUAUCAUCAUUCCAUCAACUCCGCUCCGGUCCGUGGUUUUCGUGUGCACGUGUCGUGUACAGCUGUUCUGUCGUGAAGCGCGGAGCGGGUCAAGGCCGGAGUGUAAUCGUGGUGGUUCUUGCGCCUGCUGUUCCGUUGACCACCGUCUCUUUGGCCCUCGCCUGGCCACCCCACCGAGUGCAAGUGAAAUCUGAUCCGGAGACGAGGAGCACCGUGUUCCAUCAAGUAACCGCGCAACAGCAGCAGAACGAGCAGAAAAAAUGUUACCCUCAUUGUUGAACGACCUGGGCGUGAUUAUCGUCUCGACCGGCAACGUGCUGAACGUGAGCGAUCUGCGCAAGAAGGCCGGCCAGAAACCGACCGAUGAGCUUACGGACUGCCUGCGUUCAACGUUCACUGAAGCGGAAGUGGUUGAACCGUCGCAAAACGGUGAUCAAUCGAGCGUACCCGUGCAGGAGCAGCGCCAGCUUAUAACGCGCCGCAAUAACGAUCUGCUCGAGAAGGUACGGGAACAUCCGCGCGCUGACAUUAAGAUCGGUGCGAAAAUCUUCCUCAAUCGCCACUCGGAACCGGCACUGACCGAAGCAGUGGAGAAGCUGUUCGAAACGCUCAACGUUUCCUAUCUGGACAACCUGAUUCUGGCCUAUCACCCGACUGCCACAGCGGAGAAGGCAACAAACGGCGAGCAACAGCAGGUACAAGAGGCUACGGGUGACGAAGAAGCGAAAGAGGAGGGUGUGAUCGAGUGGGCGGUCGGAAGUGACAAUGCGGUUGGCAACCUGAAGAAACUGUGGGCCAUACUGGAGCGAUAUGCGACCGAUGGCAAGAUCGGACAACUUGGCAUCGCCGACCUCGAUGCCGAUUCGCUGCAGCAGCUGUACGACGGUGCGAAAGUGCAUCCGACGAUUGCCCAAAUCAAUCUAGCAGCCUGCUGCGUGGUGCCACCACAACUGCAAGCCUACUGCAAUCAGAACGAAAUCCAGCUGCUCACGCACAGCGACCCACAAGAACUACUGCCAAGGGAUGUGCUGAAUGAACUGGAACUGGGCAGCUACUAUGCCGGAUGGACGUCGCGCUACCAGGUGCACAUCAAAUGUCGCGGUGUGUUGGCGGCUAAAGGAUUCAUCGUGAGCCUGGAGCGAACGAAUUGAGUCAACAAGGACAACGACGAGCUCUGUAAGGAACACGAAUUUGUCAGUACUGCUGGACAGUCGUGUUAGGCACACACGUACACAUUCGAACACAUACACAUACGCAGGCUCGAGUAUGAAUUGCCGGACGGACAUUGGCUCAGCAAGGAGCGAGGAGCGUAUGCAUGUGUAUUAAUUAGCUUUAGAAUGACUGUUAGACCGUGAUUGUUUCCUUUUUACUACCAUUUACUGCGACACACCGACACACACGUACACUUACAUGCUAACUGACUUUUGACCCCGGUAACUAAAUGUUAACAUUAAACGGCGCAGAUAGGGCAUGUCCUAUAUGCGACUUGAACGAUGUCGUCUAUAGCGCAUAGUAGCUAGGCUUACGAUGAGCGAGGUGGAGUGGGUGAAUGGAUUUGAAGAUGGAAUUAGAUUAAGGGACGAAGGAAGAGAAUACAAAAAGACAACAACACUUUUACUUAGUGCAGAGCAAGGACGCGGCGAGUAGUAGCAGCAGAAACAGCCGAGAAAUUUGAACUAACAGAACGAAGGGCAGCCUUACAAGUACAAGAAGCGUGUGUGUUAGCCUUUAUGUCGCUUACACCCCUUCCCCGGGGUACUUAGUACAGUGUGAUAGUGGGUCAGCACAGCAUACCAUUUAUGUUACAAACGUGAACCAUCAAACCAACAGAGAAAAAUUACAACAACAAAAAAACAUUCAGAAUCAGUAGUAUUGCUCGUAAUGUGUUUUUCGCUGUUUAGAAAGUGGAUGAAAGCACUCGCACCUCCUAUGGUAUGUUCCGUGUUGGUAUGAAGAGAAGCGGGAGUGCCGUUGAAGUGGCAGUAUGUGAGGGGUUUGUUUGAGAAAAAAAGAACACAAAUUAUCUUUUUCACCAAGGCCGGACCUGAUCCUCACGUAAGCACAUCGAUCUAUUUACACCGUCCAUUCAUUGGACUGCGCAAUGUGUUAACAGUAAUAUUGAUAGACAUAUACGAACAAUAAAGAUGGAAUGGUGCGGGGA